GAAUCCGGAAUCGGACUGGUCGUAUCCACACAUGGACUAUGCUUUUGUCGCGGUUUUUUUCUCUGUUUUCGCCUUAGAGGAAACUUUGUCAGAUACUGUUUUCAGGUGGACUGCUUUCUAGAGCCAGAGCCAUGAUUUGCUUGUUAAGGUGGACUGCUCUCCUUUGGACUUUAAAUUCCAUUCCUUGCGCUUUGGGGAUGGCAGUGAGCAAACAAUCAGAUGGCUCAUGCCCCCCUCUGAGCGUAGAGGAACGCAGGUUUUCUGAUGUUUUAGAUCGUCCCCUGGAAAUCACAGGAUUUGAUCUCACAGAAAUGUUUCUUCUCCGAAAGGGAACAAUCGCAGAAGACCUGCCAUCAUUUCGAUUAGGAAGCAGUCCACUUAUUAAGCCAACAAAACUGAUAUUUCCAAAUGGGCUUCCAAGUGAGUACUCCCUUGUCUCCAUCUGGCGGGUAAGAAGAACUACAAAAAAAGAUCGGUGGUAUCUUUGGCAGAUAUUUGAUCAGUCAGGAGGCAGUCAGGUAAAUGUUGUGGUUGACGGCGACAAGAAGGUGGUGGAGUUUUCUUUCCAGAGCCUGCUGAGGAACACUCUCCGCUACACUUUUAAAAGCCGUGACCUCCAUGCCCUGUUUGAUCGCCAGUGGCACAAGCUGAGCAUUUCUGUACAGACCAACGCUGUCUCCAUUUACAUGGACUGCAAGCUAAUAGAAAGAAGAGCGACUGACGAGAGGGCCAGCAUCGACCCCAGUGGGCGCACACUGAUCACAACACGAAUAGAGGAUGGACGGCCUGUAGAUAUUGAACUGAAACAAUUUCUAAUCUACUGUGACCCUUACAUAGCUGAGCUGGAAAACUGCUGUGAGCUCCAGGACCCAAAGUGUGGAGUCGAGAGGACAUUUAAUGGGACUGCCCCUCCCCUGGUUACAGCUCAGAUCCCCUUGAUGCUGUCUCAGCCAGCCCCACAGUCCAUUGACAGAUGUCACUGUCCAGCUGAAAAGGCUGGUCUUCCAGGCGUAGCUGGACUGCCAGGACAAAAAGGAGAUAAAGGGGAAAAGGGGAACACAGGGGAGGCUGGGCCUACAGGAAACGGAGGACCCAAGGGGGAACUUGGAUCAGAAGGGCAAAAGGGAAUCGAUGGAGAGAAAGGUUUGAAAGGUGACUCAGGGCCAGUUGGUCCAGUUGGUCCCAAAGGAACCAAAGGUGAUACGGGUCUGCCUGGAACUCCAGGGCUGCCUGCUGAGAAAGAAUGUCUGAAAGGAGAUCAGGGUCUCCAAGGUGAAAAAGGAGAGAAGGGAUCGGCUGGAGUGCCUGGUCAUCCAGGGGAACCGGGGAAAGAGGGCAAAAGGGGGCGGAGAGGAAAACCUGGAGAUCCUGGACCCAGAGGCUCGCCUGGUCCCGCAGGAGCCGCCGAAGGAGCAAGUGCCAAGGGGGAGAAGGGGGAGCCUGGAGUCCUGGGGGAAAAGGGGGAGAAAGGAGAAAGAGGAGAUCCUGGUCAGCCAGGUGCCGAGGGAUCCGGCGGCAUGAAAGGACAAAAAGGUGAUGUCGGCCCUCCUGGUCCUCCCGGUCCUGUGAUGACAGCACAUGGAUUAAGACAGCUUUCUGGAACUGACGAAAUGAAGGAAAGAGCCCUAAAAGGAGAAAAAGGAGAUGAGGGGGAGAGAGGCGCUCAAGGACCGCAAGGCUUCAAGGGAAACAUGGGGCCACCAGGACUAAAGGGAGAUCAAGGACCAGAGGGGAAGCAAGGCCCUCCUGGAUCCACUGGAGCCCCAGGACUCCCGGGCAAGCCAGGCACACCAGGGGAGCCAGGGGUACCUGGGAACGAUGGACUGAAAGGAGAAAAGGGGGACUCUGGUGGAAUGAUCGGCCCACCAGGACCUCCAGGUCCUAAGGGUGAGCCUGGCGAACCUGUGGGUGGAUAUAUGGGGGACGGGUUGCCUUUAACUAGAGGGUCUCGUGGACCUAAGGGUGAAAGAGGCAUCCCGGGAUUGCCCGGAGACCACGGUGAAAAGGGCGAACCUGGGGAGAGCAUUACAGGGCCACCUGGCCCCAUGGGACCCACCGGGGAGCCAGGAAUUGAGGGCUCUCGUGGACCCCCGGGUCCAUUUGGCCCCCCAGGAGCUCCAGGAAGAGAGGGCUCCCCUGGUAGGCCAGGUCCACCGGGGCCUGCUGGACCUCCAGGUGAACCAACUGCCCUGCCGAUUUUUGGGGACAUGGGUGCUUUGCUUAAGAAUGCCUGCAGUGUGUGCCAGACGAGAGUCCCAGGGCUGCCUGGACAGAAGGGAGAAAAAGGCUCCCCCGGAGUGCAAGGAGCAGAGGGCUUAGUGGGAGAAAAGGGAGAUCCUGGGGUCAGAGGCCCGAUGGGUAACCCGGGAAAAGAAGGUCCAAAGGGAGUAAAAGGAGAGAGAGGGUUCCCAGGCCCUAUAGGCGAUAAAGGUGAUGAGGGGCCUUCAGGAGCACCAGGGCUACCAGGUGUGCCUGGUCGAACAGGGGCCCCGGGACUCAUGGGUCGACCAGGUCCAACGAGCCAGCCUGGACCCAAAGGAGAUAAAGGAAAUGAAGGACCUCCAGGUAGACCAGGGCCUCCAGGGCCUCCGGGCAACGGAAUGGGCAGCCUGUACAAGCCACAGAGCGGUGGAGCUAUUUUAGGACCCCCUGGAGCUCCCGGUGCUCCGGGUCCCAAAGGAGAUGAAGGACCUGCAGGGGAACCAGGGCCCAUGGGAUUACCUGGGCUUGAAGGGCUGCCGGGUGCUAAGGGGGAUAUGGGUUUGUCUGGUCCACCAGGGAUGCUAGGUCCUCCAGGAAAGCCCGGCGCUCGUGGAGAGCCAGGGAUCCCAGGAGAGCCGGGUGAGAGGGGUCCGCUGGGAGAGACAGGAUUCCCUGGGCCCGAGGGACCCCAAGGUCUUCCUGGGAGACCUGGAAAAGAUGGAACUCCAGGAUACCAGGGAGCUACAGGUAGACAAGGAGAACGAGGAUCCAAAGGAGAGCGUGGUGAUCCAGGAAUUCCUGGAGAAAGAGGCGUUCAGGGCGAGAGGGGUCGCCCAGGAGAGCCCGGCCAAAUUGGACCCAUCGGUACCCAGGGGCAAAAAGGUGAUCCCGGCCCUCCAGGACUCCUGGGGAGUGAAAGCCUCCUGGAUGACUCCAGCUUUACAGAGGAACUCCGGAUGUUUAUCCGAAAUGAAGUAUCGAGGAUUUUUGAAGAGAAGCUUUCUAGCAACAGCGGGCUACAGAAGACACCUGCAGGCAUCUUAGCGUCGCAGAUCCAAGGACCUCCUGGACCUCCUGGAAAGGAUGGAUUACCGGGCUCACCAGGAGAGCGUGGACCUCCUGGAAUCAGGGGUCAGAAAGGAGAGCGAGGCCAGCUUGGACUGGGGUUACCAGGAGAUCCAGGACCCACGGGGCCACCAGGCCCACCUGGGAUCUCUUCUCGGGGCCCUCCUGGCUCUCCAGGGCCCCGUGGACCCCCCGGUACUUGCGACCCCAGCAACUGUCUUCUUCCAUCUUUGUGAGCCCAGCAGAGGGGUUUGAGCUAUUACGAAGACAGCCAUCCGGCUCUGAGCUCAGUGCUGCAGCCACACAGCAGGGGAAGUCGGAGAGACUCACCGCUGACCUCUUUCUUUUUUUCACUUUACUAAAACACUCAGAUGCUGUCUGGGUUUUGUUUUUCUGGGAUUGCUGUUGGGUUUGUUUUGAAUACAGCUGAAAUCUCUUUGCAAUGCAGUACUUUUAAGUUAUUUUCUUUUUUUUAAAUUUCAUAUCCUCUACUGUGACGUGAUGCAUUCCUUGUCAACUCUCAUGUCUUUCACGACCAUGAAAUGACUCCUGUCUGAAAAAAAACACCAUCUUAAUUAUGCGUUUGCCUCUUUAAUGGGCAUGUCUAUGCACUCUUCUGUUCGCACUCAGAUAAGCUGUUGUGCCGACCGAAGGUACAUCUCAUGUUUCUGUGUUCUCGUGCGUGUUUGCACGAGUUUCUGUGCGUUUGAGGAACAGAUUAGCUGAGCGAAUGUACUUAUUGUACGUGGAGGUGUGAGAAAAUAGCAGAUUUAUGAAGCGCCUUAUGUAACCAAAGUGCAGCCGACGUGUCUGAUAUAGAAAUUAUUUAUUUUAAGCCGCAUUCUGCAAGAAUGUAUUUUCAAAAUGGUCACAAUGAAUGUAGGAAAUGUAGCAUGAAUAUUGAGUGACGUUGUUACUAGAAAGUGGAUUUUCGGAUUACCUGUAAUCCCGAUGGAGUCUCUGGUGACACGUUUGCGUCGUGUACAAUGAUCACUUUUAAAAGAAGCUGCCGUAUAAUUGUCGGUUAACGCGUCUUCCAGUUUUCUGCAAGUCACGAGUUGUUAACUGAGCGCUCAUCGUAAGACAAAACCAACAAACAGCUCAGUGACACUGUUUGUCUGGAGCUUCUUUUUUUAGCCUUUUACAUCAUUUUUCUCCACAUGAAAUGAAUGUAAUUUAAAUGGCGUUUGUGUUCAGUGAUUGUAGCGUGACCCUUCAUUUAGCUUUACUGUGGAGUUAAUCUGUAAAUAUUGUGUAUUUUAAAUUUUUGUUUUUCCUUUUCAUUUUUCUUGUGUAAUGGGGUGCGUUAAGGGACCUGAAAACAUCAUUUUCAUCCAUUUUUUGUCAUUGUAACAACACGUUAAGGUUCUCACCUGUCACACAGUGCUGCAAAUUAUUAACACAUAUUGUUUACAAGGUGUCGUGUAUGACAAUUCCUCUGGUUUUUAUGUAUAUUUUUGAUUUUCACAAACACAAAGGAGAUCAGAAUACUACACUACAGCUAACAGACGCAUCAAACUUUUCAUGUACUUGAACUUUCUCGUAAUCGCACCGUGGUGUUUUUAACAGUUGGGUUUCAGGGAGCUUUGAGACUGGAUUUAUUUAUGUGCUAUGAAUUUUCUGAAACCUUUGAAGCCUGUGCAUUUUAUCUAAACAGGCCGUGUAACUGUAGUGUAGAUCUUGUGCAGAAACACACAUUUUAAGAACUUAAGUACGCUAAAGAUGACAAAGGAAUUUUUUUAAAAAUCCAGCAUUUACACAUUGGAUUUUAGUUUAUUCACUUCUUUAAAAAGUUUUUGUUCUUUCAAACUUUAUAAUCUCACUAAACAAUAACUUUUUUGUGUAGAAGAAAAAGAUAAUUAGCCUGUAGUGUAUAUUGGUUUCCUCAGGUUUUCAUUUUGAGCUCUGUUUAAUUAGAGCUUGAUGCAAAGGCUUUAAUUUGACUUUUAAAGAGUCCUGCUGUGAUUCAUGUUUGAAACGUUCUGUGUGUGUAUCUGAAAUUUUGUGACAUUAAGAGCUCGGUUCUUUCUGUCUCUCCUUUAACAUCUGCUGUUUGACACUUUUUUCCCUUUGUACUUCACAGUCAUUAUUCUUCUCUUAUACAUGUAAAUUUUAACUCACAUCUUACAGAUUUUUUUCCCCCUUUUUUUUUUACAUUUUUCUCAGCAUGCCAGCUUGGUUUUAUCUCUGCUAAAUUUUAUCAGACUGGGUGGGUUUAAUUUUAGAGGAGUACUGAAUCAAACGCUUGCCACAAACUUCAUUUGUGAGUUGAAAGAGCCCCCUGCUGGACAUGUAUUUCAUUGCUUUUGUAAUGUGAAUGGGAAACUAUUAUUCUUUGCUUUUGUAGGCCACAUAAAAUCCCCUCCUUCUAGGGGCUCCUGUCUUUUCAUCAAAGUAAUUUUCAUAUUCGGUUUUAAUGGGUUCCCGUCAGAGACAAUAACACUGACCUUGAUGAGAUUCAAAUGAGACAGCAUCAGCAAACUAAUGUGACCUAAACUUUUUCAGCGUGCUGAUGAAAGCACCUCCCUCCAUAUAUUGAAUUUAGCUUCAAUUGAUAUUAAUGUGCACCAGUUUGUGGCUUCAGUUUAGCUAAACAGCAUAAUAAGUAGGGAGGACACAAAUUGGCUGCUGAUGACACAGCUCACUUCACUAGAAAUUUGAAGCCAUUCAUAUUACUCCAAUUGUUCUAAGUGGAAAAUGUCAGAUGAAAGCAAACUCGUGGACGGAGUCAUUGAAGGUUGAAGCGUCCUAAAACAAUAACACCGCUUUCAUAUGUGCACGUGUUUCUUUCUUUUUUCCUUCUUUUUUUUUUGCAUAUUCUCCCCAGUAAUGUAAGUCGAUCCGGUUGCCACAUGUGAUCUAAUCUUGUAAGCAAAGCCUGUAAUGAGAUGUAAUAUGUAGCAGACUCUCAGCGUGGUCCCUAGGAUUAAAAAUGUCUGCCUGCUGGUCUCAGUGAAACUGAUCUCUGCUCUUUUAUAAGCUCAUGUUGUGCCGUGUGACUUCAAUGUUUGUUCUUUGUUUGAACACCUACCUCAGUCUUGGUUUACCACAACUACAUGAUUAGAUUUGUUGUUGUUGUUGGGGGGGAGACACCAAAACAACUGUUGCCUUUUAACUGAAAAAGCGAAUGAAAGCCUCAUGUCUAUGUAAAAACACACAUAUUGCAGUCCUGUUAUCAGCUGACGUGCUGAUGGGAUGACAGAGAACAGGCGCGGUGAUGUUCCUGUUGUUGGGGGAGUGUAAGGGGGAGUGGGGGGGUGGUUACCAGGCAUCAGAGGUUAUACUUUACAGCCUUCUUUGCAGCUUCUUUCAUUUACACUGAUUAAUGGCAUCUGCCUUACACGUGUGCAAUAAAUGUUAUUCAGUGCGUGACUUCCUUGUAUAUUCUGCACUUACACUUCUUUUCAAUAAAACUUUAUUCACAAA